CAACCUGCUGUCAGUGUCAAUUAAUUUCUCGAGCAGGGCGCAAGGAGAGAAAAAAGAAGAAGUGUAUCAGAAGGCAGCCAGGCGAUCAGUUUUGUACUAUAUUUUUUUUGGUUCUCAAUUAAUAGUCCUUUAGGAGGUGUCCUUUCUUGUUUGUGGACGAAAUGAAGCAACAAACCGUUUUUGUUCUUUUGGCACUGCUGUUGGUGUCGGCGAGCUGUGCCGAUGCAUUGGUGUAUGUUUAUGCAAAAACCUGCUCCACCUGCCGAUCCCUGGGAGCAAGGAACUGCGGAUAUGGAUCCCUGGGCUCGAAAAAAUACGUUUCCUGCGACGGUGCGACGGCGAUAAGAAACUGUGACGACUGCAGGAGACGGUUUGGGACGUGCCAGGAUCGUUACAUUACCGAGUGCUUCAUUGGGUGAGAAGCUGCACGAGAGCUCAGCGAGGAUUUUCUGGGAACCGAACUGGAUGUGAUAUCAAGAUUGCAACUUAGUUUAUAGAAUGAUGGACGAUUCCACUUUGGACGAUGAACAAAUAAAG